AUGUUUGCAUCCUCCCUUCUCGCCAUUCUCCUCGCCCUCACAAGUACGGCUCAUGCGGCCUGCAGCGAUCACGAGGUCAGGCUCGACUGCAAGUCUGGCGGAUGUCCUAAAGAAGAAGCGACUUGCCCCGAGGGCAUUGAGGGCGUGGUCGCCCAGAGCAGAAUGGUAACAAGGUACAGCUGUGACACGACACUCCCAGUUUGCCUCGUGAAGCUGGGCCAUGCGCAGGCUUCGGUGGCAUUAGAGACGACGACCUGUGAAGCGCUUCUACCUCCUACACCUACAGUCUACACGGUACUACACCUGACACAACAGCAAAAGCUUGAUAGAUCAAGACCAUGCAUAAUGAAUGCAUUCAGACCUCUCUCGACUCGCGUUGGCGCCAGUCAACAUUAUUCGUUACCACUCGUGCUCGCCGGCCAAUUUGAGGAUAGAUGA